UUUUUCUCACCUGGCGAUACUUCCUUUAGUCUAAUGUGCGACAGAGGGCGUCUUCGUUUUUCUGUCAAGUAAAAAUGGUCAGCUGUGGGUCGUAAUUUCGAAAUUAUACGAAUUUCACGAUCAGAGAUACAGCCAUGGAUAAUUUGAAUGAUAAAUGGAGUGUUAAAAACCUCUUGUUUACUAAGGCUUUGCCGAAUUAUGUCAUACCAGUGCCAGUGAAUGGCCAUAAAGUUUUCACAUGUACCGAUUGUGGUGACAAAUUUAUCUUCGAGUCCAGUUUAAAUGAUCACGUCACACGCAAGUCUGUUAACAUCACAUAUCUGUGUCGCCAUUGUAAUGUAACAAUAACGUUUUAUAACCGAUGUAAUUUACUAUAUCAUAUAAGAUCCCACGUUUUUAGAACUGCGACCAUCAACGUCACUGACUUAAACGUAGAACCUUUACCGUUAAAUCUUUUCAACAUUAAAAUUGCAAUACCAGCAAACAAGCCAGCACCAAGCAAUCAACUCAUUCCUACCAAUCAAGUACCACAAGUCAACAAACUGACACUUGUCGGCCAAAUACCACCACAAGACAAUGAUUGUAUAAUAACUUCUGAAAGUUCGCCCAAACCCCCACCAAUUGCCGAGAAUAGGAGUGCAUACACCCAAGUGAUUUGUUUAGAGUGUAAAGAAAACUUAUCUGAUUCACCAGCUUCUGCUUGUAAAGAUCGGGCCAGUCACUAUAUGCAGUUUUCCAACCAGGUUUAUUCAUGCCCUGUAUGUUUAUUUGCCCUGCCCACCACGUGCGCUCUUAAAGCGCAUUUGCGUUUACAUUUAAAAUGCCCCCUUUAUUGCUGCCCUGAAUGUGGUUCGGCCCUUGGCAACAAAAAUAUUAAUUAUCCUUACAACCACGACUGUGAGGGUUUUAAAAUGAUGAGAGCAACUGCAAGACUAAAAUGUGGGGCGGCUAACUGUCGCAUUUGUUUCCAUCCUAACGAUUUAAGAGAACACAUGAAAAAUCUUCACAUGAGAAAAGUUUUCAAGUGUCCAUUUUGCGUUGUUGCAUGUUUCAGUGAAAUUAGUAUGCAAAGCCAUUUUAAGACUCAUAAAAUGGACAGUAUAAAGCCACUGGUAUUCUAUAAGUGCGAAUUAUGUCCAGGAAAAUUUGUCUUGCAGAGUCGUAUAGAGAGUCACAUAAAAAGUCACAAAGUUUUCGUCUUCUAUCCAUGUUGGCCAUGUGGUUCAAUAUUUAAGGACGUGGCCCUCCUACUGAUGCAUUUCCUAGAAAAACACAAUAAAAACGUUACGGUAGAAAAUGCAGUGAAAAAUCUGCUGUCGGAAAUUGAGUCUUUAAAAGAUACAGAUAAGCCGAAAAGAGUAUACCGUGUCGUGAAAAGGUGUGAUCAAUGUCAGAGAAGUUUCACCUAUAGAUGUCAGUAUAGCGAAAUACAUAAUCUGCCCAAUGAAUGCCCUUACAAAUGUACUUCCACAUUUGAGAGUUCCACAGAAUUGGAUGAUAGUCCAGAUGUGACUACUUUUAACAAAAUGACAAACAGUGUGUUAUGUCAUUUGUGUAAUGCGAAUAUUAUUGAUGAUCCCAAAGAAAUUAAAAAGCAUUAUUCUUCACUACAUAAAACAGAAAAAUGUUUGGAUGCCAAAAUUGUUCUCACCAGAAUUGAUGUAAAUAAAUACCGAACUCAAACUCAAAACACGAAUCUGACCAAAAGUAAUAUUAAAAAAACUAUUGGCAAGAAAGUAUUUAAAAGAAAAGGGAAACGGCAACAAAUUAAAAUUCUAAGGGAUCCUUUUAAAAUGGAUAAUGAUCAGUCAAGUAUAGAUACCCACGACGAGACGAUAACGUGUGACACCCCUCCUGCUACUUUGUGUUACAUCUGCAAAAUAUGUGGAAGUAACUUUGACCAAAAAGAAAUACUAGAAAAACAUUUGAUAACACAUAGAGACUCAUGCAUGGCUUAUCAGUGUAUGGAAUGUGGACAAAGUUUUGUUGUCAAGCCGUCAUUUUCGAAGCACUUACUGCUGGAACACAGUAUCUCGGAUAGUGAAACGUAUAUAAAAGAAAAACAUUGUUACAAUGAAAAUGCUCUGAUAAAAUACCAAAGUAGUGAAAUUAUUUCCAACGAACCUCUUCGUGAAAACCAAUGUAACAUUUGUAGAGAGGACUUUGAGGAGCCAGAAGAUUUAGCCAAGCAUUUUAGAGUUCAUGGUAUGGCUUUUUUGAUGAAAAACAAUCCAAGUAAAUGAGGAAAAAUCCUUAUCCAACUUUAGGCAGUAAAAAUAAUUAACUAGUAUUUUGAAUAAGGCCAAAAUGAUUUUUGUUUUCCAUAGUCUUCUGCAGUGGAGAGUUGUUAUUAUCUGGUAAUUUGUUAUUUUAUUUAGUCUUAAUUUUAUCUCAUUAUCACUAUUAUAAGAUUUUGAAUGUUUUUCGUUACAUAUAAAAUAAGUUACACUGACUUCAUUAUUUUAAGUAUAGAUACUAAGUUGCAACAUUGUCACUUUUAGUAACUAAAAAAAUGCACUAAAUGCGCCUUUUUUAAAGAAUUGUACCUUGAUGUAGGUAGGUAGGUAAAUUCAGUAUGUAGUUUAGUAUAUAAUUUGAGAUGUUCAAUAUUCUUAGUACCUAAUCAGUAGGUAGUAAUGAGCCCUGGUCAGCCCGGUGUUUGGCAGUAGACUCACCAACUACAUUGAAAUGUGUGUACAUAUGCAAUUCUUUAUUUUGUACAAUAAUUAUUAUAUAACGCAAAAGACAAUAACUAGAGGUCGAAGUUUUACCUAAACAAAAAUAAGCAAUAAAAGUAAUCAAUUAACGGCCAAUUUCAAUAACCUAUCUAUCUGUAGAUUUGCUUACUCAAGAUACAAUUUUGACGCAUUUUGUAUGGAGCUUAUGUCAAAAUUGUAUCUCUAGUCAGCAAUCUACAGAUUAGGUUAUUGAAAUUGGCCGUAACUGACAUUUUAUGAUUAAGUUAUUUUAUGUGGACUACUUGUAAGCAAAUGUGUCCUGUGUUUAAUGACUGAGUAUGUUAAUGUAACUAUCGUUAUUACUGUUUAAAUUUUAAGAUACUUGUAACAGAAUGAAUAAAAGUUAUUCAGCUGCAA